CGGCAGCCAUCCAAAAUGGGGAUCUCAAGAGACUCCUGGCAUAAGCACCGUGCCACCGGCGGCAAGAUGAAACCUCUUAGAAAGAAGAGGAAGUUUGAGCUUGGCCGCCCACCAGCGAACACCAAGAUCGGCACCAAACGUAUCCAUGAAGUCAGAACUCGUGGUGGCAACAGGAAAUUCAGGGCUCUUCGGCUUGACACUGGGAAUUUCUCCUGGGGAUCUGAGAGCUGUACCCGCAAGGCUCGUAUCAUUGAUGUUGUCUACAAUGCCAGUAACAACGAGUUGGUCCGUACCAAGACUUUGGUGAAGAAUUGCAUCGUCCAAGUUGACAGUACACCCUUCAGGCAGUGGUAUGAGGCACACUACGCAAUCCCCAUCGGACGCAAGAAGACCAAGCAACCCACAGAGGAGGAGCAAGAAAUCCUUAACAAGAAGCGCUCCAACCACUGCACGCGCAAGCUUGAGACUCGCAAGGCUAAUGCCAAGGUUGCCCCUGGCAUGGAGGAACAGUUUGUGACUGGACGUCUUUAUGCGUGUGUCUCAUCCCGCCCUGGGCAGAGUGGCCGUUGUGACGGAUAUAUCCUUGAGGGAAAAGAACUCGAGUUCUACAUAAAGAAACUCAAGGCUAGGAAGGCCAAGUAAACCGCCGAAUUGUGAACAAUAUUAAAAUCUUGUGAAAAAAAAAA